GUCUCCCACCUGCCGCCAGCGUUUACAACAUACAACCAAAAUCAGAAAGAAAGAAGAAAAAAGAAAGAAGAAAGAGAAAAGAAUGGAUAGAGUAUUUUCAGUGGAUGGAAUUUCCGAAUCGUUGUGGUCGCCUCCUCAUUCAUCCCAAGCCAUUAGAAUCGCAGAAGCAGCAGGAGGAGGAGGAGGAAGAGCUAAGAAAGAGGAUACGAUGGCGACGAUGAAUAGGAGCUCUUCGGAAUGGGCAUUCCAGAGAUUCCUCCAAGAAGCUUCUAUCUCUCAGAUUCAAUCUCCUCCUCCUCCUCCUACUCGAGGAAGCGUUGACGAUGAUGACGAGGUUGUUGAGAUCAAGGAACCCCCACCGCCGUCUGAUCCCUCUCACGAUGCCCCUGUUGAAUCCGACGAUUACCAGCAGAUGCUCAAGCGCCGCCUCGAACUUGCCUGUGCUGCCGUCGCUAUGGCACGGGUGUCUGCUGUAAAACCUCAAGAAUCUUCUCCUUCAGUUGAUAGUGGAUCACACAUUUCAGAUACGCCACAGUUGGGGUCUCAAGCUUCUGCAACCCACACAGGACCUGGAUAUGGUUUACCCAGGAUGCAAGAUAAGCUUGUUGGUGGACCAAUUGGCAUUCCCAGCUUACCGGUUAUGCCGAACAAUUCAGUUGUUCAAGUUAGGCCAGCUACCAGUGGGUCAUCCAGAGAACAAUCAGAUGAUGAUGAUCUUGAAGUAGACAUGGAAGCAACUGAUAAUAUGGAUCCUACUGAUGCAAAGCGUGUAAGGAGGAUGCUCUCAAAUAGAGAGUCUGCUAGACGCUCUAGAAGAAGGAAACAAGCACAUUUGAGUGAGCUUGAGGCACAGGUUUCACAACUGAGAGUUGAGAACUCCUCAUUACUGAAACGUCUCACAGACACAAGUCAAAAGUACAAUGGAGCUGCUGUGGACAAUAGGAUUCUAAAAGCAGAUGUUGAAACUUUGAGAGCAAAGGUAAAGAUGGCUGAAGAUACAGUUAAGAGAGUGACAGGGGUGAAUACCCUGUUUCAAACCAUGCCUGACAUAUCAUCCAUCGGCAUGCCAUUCUCUGGCAGCCCAUCUGAGACUGUCCAAAAUGCUGCUGUCCCUGUACAAGAAAACCCAAAUCACUUCUUCCAACCCACACACGACCAGAGAAUGAACACAGGUGCAACUGACAUCCCCCCUGGUCCCAUGGUCGAAGACAUGCACAACGCUGCGGGCAAGAUGGGCCAAACAGCUUCCAUGCAGCGGGUGGCCAGCUUGGAACAUCUGCAGAAGCGGAUUUGUGGGGGACCAAAUCCUUGUGGGCCUGUGCAGUGGGAUGGUGCGUGGGACCCAGAAACCUCUAAUGCAGUGGAGAGCAGCAGUAAACAGAACCAAGUAUAAAUUUUCAUCUGUCUAGCGGAAAUUACAGAAUAUGUAAUGUAAGGAAUCCACUUCUGUCUUGAGGUUGUAUCCCAUGCAUAUUCUCAACUAUAACGUUCAAUAUGGAGUGCUUGUUAUUGGACCCACCCGAAGGUGAGGCUCAGUACUCUGGUUCAGUUAUGGCCUCCAAGAUCGAGCUUGAUCUGCCAAAUUCUUCUCCGAAAGGUGUAAAUUGUUUAAUGGGUUUUUAUGAUGAUCAAGGGGCUAUUUAUUUUGUACUUUUAAGGAAAAUUAUUUGGAGUUGAAUCCUUAAGUUCCACGGUUCUUCUAACGGGGUGCCCCUUUCAUGCUUUGGGGGCUGCUCUCUCUCCAUAGCCAUUUGUACUCGCAAACAUUUUGAAACAUAUGCUUCCAUGCUCCAGCACCUGAA